AUGGGCCAACUGCCUAAAGAGCGGAUCACACCAUCUAGACCAUUUUCAAGAUGCGGAAUAGACUUUUGCGGACCAAUCAACGUCUAUUUGCGCAUCCGGGGUAAGCCGCCUACCAAGGCCUACUUAGCCGUCUUCGUUUGCUUUGCCACGAAGGCGAUACAUGUCGAAGUGGUAUCGGAUCUCACGACGGAUAGCUUCAUUGCAUCACUAAAGCGUUUUAUUGCCCGACGCGGACUUCCCUCGGACAUAUUCUGUGACAACGCUACAAAUUUCGCAGGAGCUAACAACAAGCUCGAAUCGUUGAAGCAGUUUCUGUUUAAAGACGAAACAACAAAAACAAUCCACUAUUUCUGUCGCUCAGAGUUCAUUAACUUCCACUUUAUUCCACCCAGGGCUCCACACUUCGGGGGCAUAUGGGAUGCUGCAGUAAAAAGUGUCAAGGGACUACUCAAUCGCACUCUUCGAGACACCAGGUUAACCUUCGAGGAGUUAGCCACUGCAGCUGCUGACGUCGAGGCGAUCCUGAACUCUCGCCCGUUAACGCCGCUCUCAUCAGACCCAAACGACCUGGCCGCUCUCACGCCUGGCCACUUCUUAGUGGGUGACGCACUCCGAGCACUACCGGAACUUCCACCAAUCGACGACAACCUGGACAAGUUGGAUCGAUAG